UUUUUCAAAAAAAUAUUUAAUAUGGGAAUUAGCAGUGCAGAUCGUGGUAUAUCAACAGUUUUAAAUCUUUUUUCCCUUCUUUCAUUGCCAUUAGCUCCUGACGAGUUAGACAGGGAUAUGAGUAAAAUUAAUAGACAAAUUCAAGAAUUGGUCCCAAAAUUAUUUUCACAUUACGAAAGAGAAUCUCCGCCAAUACCUAGUAAUGGGGGACCUGUUGAGAUUGUUAGUUAUUUAAUGGUUGAUCACAUCGAAGACAUGAAUGAAUUUCAACAAUCAAUUACAUUUCAUGGAACACUUAUUUUAAAUUGGCUGGAUGAACGUUUGGCGUGGGAACCUAGGGAUUUUGGUCAGUUGGACAAAUUAUCAUUUACUGGCUUUGAUUUGAGUCGCUUUUGGUCUCCAGGUGUUACUGUUAAAGGAUUAACAAUGCCUUCAAAAGAGUUGGCAAUGUUUCACAAUACUGCAUAUACAUUAACAUAUCAAGGAUAUAUUUUUGCAGAAAUGAGUAUAAGUAUUAAAGCUGCAUGUCGAUUAGAUUUAACUAAUUAUCCUAAUGAUAAUCAAACUUGUUUUGUAAUGGUAUUUACUCCUAUAUAUCAAACAGCCAGGCAUUUUUAA